GGUGGAGAGGGGAGUGGGUGUUUACUGGCAGGGUUGCACUGACACAGCGUCUAUAUAAACUGGGAGGGACGUGGAGCGUCUCUCACAGGGAGUCACUUUGCGCCGAUGCUCCGCCACAUCCGCGCAUCACCGUUGGCAACGCAAACCCCGCAUAAGCACGGCAAAGUCAAACACCAGCUGACCGCCACGAUGGAUGGCCAACAUAAAGACCGCAGAAUGACUCACUUGUGGAUAUUUACGUUUCUGAUAAUUGUCUAACCUACAGCAACUGGAUAACUCGGGCUUUUCCCAACUUUUUCUUCUGGAUACGGACGGAUCGUGGAGCUGGAUGUGCUACGGGCUUUGGGAGACGGAAUCUAUUUUGUUUUUUAUCAAAUUGGUUGAAUAAAUUUGGAAUAGAAACGAUUUUCAGAAGGGUGGACUGAUUUUUUUGGGAUACGCACAUUAAACUCUAAAGGAUGGCCGAUUGGUUCACAUCUAUCACCGCAAUAGUUAUGAUGUCAUUCACUCAGGUUUUGGGAUCAAGCGUGUUCGAGAUAGAUCUCCAUCAUUUUCAGAAUUCAAAGGGGUUGCUGGCAAAUGGACGCAGUUGCAGCAUGAGCGGCUGCAGGACUUAUUUCAAGGUUUGCUUGAAGAACUUCCAGACGGAGGUGUCUCCUGGCAGGUGCAUAUUUGGGACUGAGAGCACACCUGUUCUGGGCACCGACUCGUUCAGCAUCCAGCAGCACGCGAGGCUGCGCCUGCCUCUCAACUUCACCUGGCCGGGGGCUUUCUCGUUAGACAUUGAAGCCUGGGAUUCGUCAACGGGGCAGACUAAAGAAACCAGCAAAGCUGAUUUCUUGAUCAGCUCAUUUUCCAUUCGAGGAAAGUUGGAAAUAGGGUCCGAGUGGUCCCAGGAUGUGCAGAUCGGGAGGCAGACGGAGCUAAGGUACUCAUACCGGAUCAUCUGCAAAGACAAUUACUACGGGGACACUUGUUCCAAAUAUUGCGCAGAGAGAGACGAUCGUUUUGGCCACUACACCUGCAAACCUGACGGGGAGAUAGACUGUCUGCCUGGAUGGAAGGGACAUUACUGCGAAGAACCAAUCUGUCUGGAAGGCUGCAAUGAAAAUAAUGGAAACUGUACAGUCCCAGGAGAGUGCAAAUGCAGAAAGGGCUGGCAGGGACUCUUUUGUGAUGUGUGUAAACUUCAUCCGUCCUGUAAACAUGGUACCUGUAAAGAGCCGUGGCAGUGCACCUGCAAGGAAGGCUGGGGAGGCAUCUUUUGUGACCAAGAUCUGAACUACUGCACUCAUCAUAAACCCUGUGUAAAUGGGGCAACGUGCAUGAAUACAGGCGAGGGUAGCUACACCUGUGCUUGCCUGCCAGGCUUCUCUGGGGUUAACUGUGACUCUGAGGUCAGGGAGUGUGACAGCGAGCCCUGCCUCAAUGGAGGCCACUGCCUGGACUCUGAGAAUGGUUAUACGUGUGUUUGCCCUAAAGGAUUUGAAGGUCCACUCUGUGAACACAAGGUACUGACUUGUGUAGAUAGGCCAUGCUUUCAUGGAGGCACGUGCACAGAGAGGGACAACGGCCUUAGUUACACAUGCGAGUGUCCAGCUGGAUACACUGGGCUCAACUGUGAGAAGAAAAUGGACAAAUGUACCUCACUGCAAUGUGCUAAUGGUGGACACUGUGUGGUUCACGGUAGCCUCAGGCUGUGCAGCUGUCGCUCAGGUUUCACCGGACUGCGCUGUGAGAUCAACAUCGACGAAUGCGCCAGGAACCCGUGUGCAAACGCUUCCACCUGCAUAGAUCGCAUCAAUGGCUACACCUGCACCUGCGCACCAGGCUACACCGGACGCCACUGUGAUAGGCCCACAAACCACUGUGCCUCUCAGUUCUGCCUUAAUGGGGGGACCUGCACCCGUGGACCCAUGGGCAAACCUGCUUGCAUCUGCCCCACUUCCUACAGCGGUCCCCAGUGCCAGUAUGGUGGUCAGAGCUCAGCCAAUACUCCCAGCCCCAACAAAGCCUUGGAGUCCAAUGAAAAGCUGAACGUUGUUGCCAUUGGCUCAAGCGUUGGUCUGGUGGCUGUUGUGGUGUUUCUCUGCUUGGCGCUGGUGCUUGUACGUAACAUGACGCAACGAAAAAGCAAGGAGCAGGACUCUAAGACAAUGAACAACAUCUCUAAGGCAGACUUUCAGAAAGAGAACCUUAUCUCUGCCGCUGAGCUCAAGAACACAAACAAGAAGAUUGAUUUGGACGCGGACUGUCCUACAGAGAAGUCCAAUCAUAAACUCAUCAAUCACUAUCACUUGGACUAUAAAUCCUCCCUGAGGUACAAGGACGAGCUGUCCCUUUUGGACAAAGAUGAAAACUGUGAAAGGACGAUAGCAGAACAGAAGCAAUUAAGUAGAAUGUACAGAGAAAGGCCAGAAUGUAGAAUAUCAACAAUAUGUUCCUCCAGGGACUCAAUCUACCAGUCUGUCUUUGUCAUAGGAGAGGAGAAAAACGAGUGCAUUAUCGCUACUGAGGUAUAAUAAUCAGAACAUUACUCAUUGUCCAGUUUGGAUCCCUUGUGGACUGUUUACAAGUGUGAAGAGACUGGGAUUUACUCAAAUGCUGCUCUUGAAAACUUGAUAACUGGAUGGACGUCUGACUACAGUAGAACUAAAGCUCAUGGUUGUUUUGUGAGACUGAAACAAAAUAUUGUAGGAUCAAAGGAAGAAAUCUGGCUCACCGAUCUGCCUUUGAUAUUUUUUGUCCCAAACCCUGAUCUGCUUUGCCCAAGUUACUCAUAAGGCAACGAGAAUGAGCAGAAUGUAUUGUUCUAGUAAUCAGGAACCAAUCAACAUGCCAGGACAUGCAGUGUACUAUGCAAACAGUAGCACACACAAAAAAAAACUACUGAAAACAGUUCAUUUGUGAGUAACUUUCAGCUUUUAUUAGUUGUAAAACUGAAUUUUUUAUAAAGAAUGUAUGCUGACAUCACAAAGCCUUAAAUGUACAUAUAAGGAAAACCCUUGUGCCCUGCCUUAUUUUGAUUCCUUUGCACAGAAACUUGGAGGUAACAAUAACAAAAGUUGCAAUAUACUGAAACAUUCUGCAGGGAAAUAUAUGAUUGGGCCUUGAAUCUUUGUAUGCAUCCCAGUAAAGACAAAGACACAGAUGAAGUGACCAUCAAACCAAGGACGCCUUCAGUGAAAACGACUGAACCAAUAAUGUUGUUUUUAAGAUUAGUAUUUCAUUAGUAAUUUAAUUGAAUGAAGCACUGAUCCUUUUUGUUUUCUAAGAUGUUUUGUGUAUAUAAUGUAUAUUUAUAUGCCGAGGUUAGACAUGCACAUGUGUUUUAAGUUGAUGAUACAUAAAAGGUGAAUUUAUUUUUUAUUAGUUUUGGUGUCUUGUUUAAUUAUUAUGAUAUUAUUGUUAUUUUCUAUUUUGCUAUAAAAAGACACAGAACUCA